GUGGUCCGCCGUUUCUAGGAAAAAACUUAUUUACGUUCUCGUCUUUCAGCUUUCUUCAUGGUCAGUACGUGCGUGUGCAUCAUCGUGAUGUCACGUCACUCUUAUAGCGUUUAUUCUAACUAAAUUGUUAGCAGUUUAAAGUUAAAUCAUCAAUGUAAUUUAAUCCAAAUAAAGCAACUGUAACGUCGAGUUAAUAUAAAUAGUUCGUAAGAAUGUGUAUUUGAGGUGCAGUUUGGUUGCACAACCUUUUGUAAACAAAGAGAUAAGAGUUUCUGGUAAAUAUGGCUGAUAAACUCAGUAUUGCUAAAAAAGCCAAAAAGGUAACGCUGCCCUCUGGUUGGGUAGAGCGAUUUUCCAAAAAACAUCCCGACAGGCCGUUUUAUUUUAAUGAAAACACAGGUGAAUCCAGGUGGUCAGCACCAUUGGAUGAAGUGAACAAGAGCCAAAAGUCACAGAAAGGUAGAAAAAGAAAAGCAGAUAUUGACAGCGAAGAUUAUCCUGAUGAUGAGACAAACACAAAUGCAGCCAAAUUGUUGCAUGCAAUAACCAAGGAUCGUCCCAUAUUAAAAGCAAAAGGACCAAAAGCUGCAGCAGCAGAAGUAAAAGAAGUUAAAAAUGACACACCCGCAAUGCGUCUGUACAGAGAAAAAAUGGCUGAACGGAAAGCCGCACUGGAAGCUAAAAAGAAAGGAACAAAAACUCCAAAUCAAAAACAAAAUCAAACCGCAGGACUGUCUAAAGUGGUUUCAUUGUCUUCUCCACCUUCCACACCUCUAAACAAAAGAAGGACCAGAGCUAGUUCUAUUGCCUCUACCGAAUCAGAUGUAAGCAAAUGCAGCACCAUUAUCAAUGGGUCUGACAGUGACUCCAGCAUAGGUUCAAAGAUAAAAGCUGCAGCAGUGCCCUUGGUUAGAAUUCCCUCAACAUCUCAUAAACCUACAGCACAAACACCAGCUAAAAAGUUGCCUAAAAUUACUAAAGUUCAACAAAUUAAAAGUAGCUCUCCAAAGAGAUCAGUCAAUGUAGCAAUUAACAAUUAUGAAGAUCUAUCUGAAUCUAGUAUCGCUAAUGAAAGUACAAAUGAGGAAGAUGUAGCGACCAUAGGUAGUGCUAGAAAAUCCUUCAAUUCAAGAUGCUCUGCAAAUGAACGUUUGGCCAAGUUGAGAAAAAGAUUGAGCUCAGAAAAUAAUAACCCUUCUCCUAAUAAAUCUGCUCGGCAAUCUAAUGUUAAUAAUAAUAAUAAUAUACCUAGUUCACCAUCAGAAAAAAGUAAGUUGUUUUCACCACCAUCAACUUUGUAUAAAAAUGCUCAACAAAGGUUGCAUUCUGUAGAAAAUUAUGCUGGAAGCAGUGGACUUUUAGAAAUAAAUAGAAGUAAAAGAAUAAAUGCAGAUGAAGAAGAAUAUUUGCAGAAUAAAAGUCUUUUGGACAAAAUUGAAGAUUCAGAUGUAUACUGUGAACAAAUGGAAUGGGAGCCUAUCGAACAUGAAAGGCUUCUGUCAGAAGUCUAUUCAGUCAGGAAUCAAGUGUGUGGGAAACGAGCUGAAAAACUUGGUGAACUGUCUUGCAAUGCUCUGCAAUCAAUGGACACGCCUACUGAUCAGCAAAAUGCUCUAUACAUUGUUAUUGACACAAACGUCUUUCUCUCUAAUUUGGAGUUUGUCGAAGAAGUCAGAGAUUCUCGUUCUGAAGCUUUUGGUAGACCAUUUUUAGUUAUCCCAUGGACUGUUUUGCAGGAACUCGAUUUUAUUAAAGAUGAUAAGAAUCACACAAGAUCAAAUGCACUCAAAUUAAAAGCAAGAAGAGCUGUUGAAUUUUUAAACAAACAUUUCACUACAAAACAUCCUCGCUUCUUAGGACAAUCGCCAAUCGACGUCGAAAAAAAUAAAGAAAAAUUCAUGUUAGAGUGCCCUGAUGACGAAAUUUUGCAAACGUGUUUACAAAUCAAAGAAAUGUCAAAAUCACCGGUACUUCUAUCAUAUGAUAAGAACCUCUGCAAUAAGGCAAUGAUACAUGAUAUUCCAACUUUGGGUCGUGAUGAUCCAUUAGAGAAAGCAUAUUAUUUGAAAGCAGCUGAAACAUCGGAUUUCUUAUCACACAGUCUACAUACUAGGAUAGAAGAAAAUGCAGCGGAUGCUUCCAUUAUUCAAAAAGAAUUGCUUGCUGCUGAUGAUAUUUUUGAAGAAGGAAAAGCAGUGCUAAAAGCUGUCCUCUCUGAGGUAGUAGCUAUGCAAAUGGAAGGUUUAUUCGGUAAUAGAUGGGAAAUGCACUGUAUUGUUCGACCUCCGUGGUCGAUUCUAACUGUUUUAAAAUGUGCCUUGAAGCAUUGGAUGGCUGUCGUUAGCGACUCUUUUACAAGGCGAACAGAAUCUAUGCUGCGUGAUCUUCAGACGUGUAUACAUAGAGCACCUGAAAGCGGUAGAAAAUUAAAGGAUGUCAAAUUCUUUUUGGAUAAAUGUGGCGAAGUAUUUCAAACAUUGGAUGUUUCCAAACACAAAGAUUUGAAGAUGCAAUCGUUAAAUAAAAUUGAGGAAUUAUCGCAACGCUGCUCAAAAGCUGUUGAAGAACUGGAUAAAGAACGAUUGCUAGAUUCUGUGGGUUCAGUGGAAGACGCAGCUGAAAUAGAAAGAAGAGCUGAGUUUGCUUUUAAAAUUUUCGAAGAAGUUUAUGCUUUUGCCAGAGAUUCUUGUGGAAUUGCUUCAGAGGCUUUAGGUUUACAGUGCUCCUUCUCGUACAAUAAACAGCAUCCAUACAUAACACCUAGAUAUGCUCUUCACGAAAAGCAGAACAUAGGCGUUGACGUAAAUAAAUUAUUACAAGUACUAACAAUGACUCUAUCCAUAGUGGACGAAGGUAUACAACCAAAUCACAAAGCCAUCCUUACUUUAUACGAAGUUUUAAAUAACUUCGCAUGUGACCCGAAAUACGACGAGAUUUCGAAGCUGACACCACUCGACUUGCUGUGUUGCAUACGACUGCUGAAACAAAAACUUGAGAAGGGCUGUGAGCAGCUUCAAGAGCUGGCGGCGCAUUUCUGCCGAAUGGCGAACUAUCAGUGUUUCAAGAAGUCAACAUACACAUAACAGUGAAAAAUCAAAACAGAGACACGAAAACUGUGGGUGCUUACGUGAACUUUAUUUACAACUCUUUGAAUUUCGUAUAAUGUUCGAUGUAGAAAAUAAAAAUGCACAGCCGCGGUGUAUGAGUUUUUCAAAAAGACAACGGCAAUUUGUUUAGUUUGUAUAGAGAAGUGGAAAGCCCUCCUUGGGUGGCUGCAGCCAGUUGUGCUUGGAGUAGUUUACGUGUUGCGUCUCGAUAACGUGGAACGUGUACGCGUGUCUGGAAGUCUCGCUACGAUUGGCGUUGGAGUAAUGGACGACCUGGCCGUGAAGAAGCACAAGACUGCCUUUGCGCACCUCAACUGGUCGAAAUGUGUCGGCUUGGUAGUAAGCAUUUGACUUAUCGUAAAUGAGGAGAUCCUGGGCGAGAGGAUCUUUGUUGCGCAUGUAGCGCCUGUGUACGCCGCUCUUAUGUGAUCCGGGGGCUACCCAAAGGCAGCCGUUCUCGUGUGUUGCGUCGUCCAGAGCCACCCAGAAACCCACUAGUUUCACCGGGUCAGUAUACAAGUAGCUGGCAUCUUGAUGUACUAUGACUACGAAGAGUAAAGAAGAGAUGUUCAUUGAU